AUGGCUGAAGCUCUUGUUUCCGUAGUCUUGGAGCAGCUGAGGUCAAUCAUUAUUCAGGAGGUGGGACAAGAAGUGAGGCUCGUUGUUGAUGUCAAGAACGAGGUUGAAAAGCUCACCAGCAGUUUCCGAGCCAUCCAAGCUGUGCUUGCCAAUGCAGAGGAAAGACAAUUGGAGGACGGGUAUGUCAAACUUUGGUUAGAUCAACUCAAAGACGUAUCUUACGACAUGGAUGAUGUUUUGGAUGAGUGGGGCACUGCAAUUGCAAAAUCGCAAAGCAAGGUACAUGAACAUCCCAGCAAGAAUAAAAAGAAGGUAUGCUCUUUCAUGAUCUUCUCUUGCUUUCGUGUUAGAGAAGUUGGUUUGCGUCGUCGGAUUGCUUAUAAGAUAAAAGAACUGAAUGAAAGAAUAGAUGUCAUUGUGAUUGUGAAAAAUAUGUUCGACUUCAAAUCAUUGGAAGCGGGAAUUAAACAGCAUGAACAUCAUGAAACCGCUUCUGUUAUAGAUGUAAAAGACGUUAAGGGUAGAGAAAAUGAUAAAGACAGGGUCAUGAAAAUGUUGUUCAGUACUGAGAGUAGUCAAGGACCAGCCCUCCGUACAAUCUCUCUAGUAGGGAUGGGAGGGAUAGGAAAGACAACCCUUGCUAAGCUAGUUUAUAAUGAUCUUAAGGUGGAGAACCAUUUUGAUAAGAGAAUAUGGGUUUGUGUAUCAGAUCCUUUUGAUGAGAUAACGAUUGCCAAGGCAAUCCUUCAAGAUCUCAAGGAGUCUACCCAAAAUCUAAUCAAAUUGCAGACUUUACUAGAAAAAAUACAAUCAUUGAUUAGGGGAAAGAAAUUCUUACUUGUCCUAGAUGAUUUGUGGAAUGAAGAUUCCACAAAGUGGGAGCAACUGAAAGACUCCCUCGAGUGCGGUUGUUUGCCUGGAAGUAGGAUUCUGGCGACAACACGUAAGAGGAAUGUUGCGACUAGCAUGGGCUCCUCACCCAGUACUGACAUUUUGGAACUAGGACUUCUCUCUACAGAUGAAUGCUGCUCACUCUUCAGUAAGCUUGCAUUUUCUGAAAAUGAAAGUAGAGAGAGAGGAGAUUUAGAUGAAAUUGGUAGAAAAAUUGCAGCCAAGUCCAUGUCUGGGAGAUUGAAGAAGCUGAAAGCAAAAUUUUGGCUCCUUUAUGGUUGA